GAGCCUUGAGCUUCCGGCGCCCUCCCCACUCCAGCCGCUGGCCGGUCCGCGCUCAGGCUGCGCCCGCCAUCGCUGGCUCAUGGGCGCCGCCGGCUCCUGGGCUCUGGCCCGCCUGGGCCUCCCCGCUUCGCCCGGGCCCCGCUGGCUCGGGGUCGCCGCGCUGGGCCUGGCCGCCGGGGCGCUGGGGGCCGUCGCCUGGCGCCGCGCGCGGCCGGGGCGGCGCCGGCGGCUGCAGCAGGUGGGCACCGUGGCGGAGCUCUGGAUCUACCCGGUCAAGUCCUGCAAGGGGGUGUCGGUGAACGCUGCGGAGUGCACGGCCCUGGGGCUGCGCAGCGGUCACCUGCGGGACAGAUUUUGGCUGGUGAUUAAGGAAGAUGGACACAUGGUGACUGCCCGUCAGGAGCCUCGCCUCGUGCUGGUCUCCGCUGCCUGUGAGGACGAUCACCUUAUCCUCAGGGCACCUGGCAUGGACGAGCUGAUUUUGCCGAACAAGCUGCAUUCUUCAAACAAGCUCCAUGACUGCAGGGUGUUUGGUCUUGACAUUCAGGGCAGGGACUGUGGUGACGAGGCUGCUCAAUGGUUUACCAACUUCUUGAAAACAGAAGCUUUCAGGCUGGUUCAGUUUGAAAAGAACAUGGAGGGAAGACCGUCAAGCAAACUUUUCCCUUUUUUUGUCCAGAAUUACCAGGUGGCCUACCCGGACUGCAGCCCCGUGAUGAUCCUCUCGGAAGCCUCCCUGGCAGAUCUGAACACCAGGCUGGAGAAGAAAGUGAAAAUGGACAAUUUCAGGCCAAAUAUCGUGGUGGCAGGCUGCAGCGCUUUUGAGGAGGACACCUGGGGUGAACUCCUCAUUGGCAACGUAGAAAUGAAAAGGAUUUUGGCUUGUCCCAGGUGCAUUAUGACCACGGUGGACCCAGAUACCGGAGUGAUUGACAGGAAGGAGCCGCUGGAAACCCUGAAGAGCUACCGCCUGUGUGAUCCUUCUGAGAAGCCAAUUUACAAGUCGUCCCCACUUUUUGGGAUCUAUUAUUCGGUGGAAAAAAUCGGAAGCCUGAAAGUUGGUGACCCCGUGUACCAAAUGGUGCAGUGACAGAUCCACUGGGGUGAUACGGUUUCAGCAUCCGGGAGGCAUUGACCAGGAUUUUAACAACCACAGCAGCACCACCUGGGCAAAUUCUUAUUACCCACCCACCCUGUGACCAUCUUCACCCUGGAGAUGAAUCUCUUUUUGGAGUUACAGAUGCUCAGAGUUCAUGCAAGGAAAGUAUUAGAGGUGAUUUGGGAGUAAGAACGUAUAUAGAUUUUAGGUAAUGAAGACUUUCAAAAUAAACGAAAUUGUUGAUAAAAUUAUUUUGAAUGUUACGGUAGCUACUACACUUCUCCAAUCUCUGACAUUAAUAUCGAUGAAUAAAGUAAGUUUAAAGACCGAAAUAAUGCCAUGUGCAGCAACAUGGAUGCAACUAGAGAUUAUCAUACUAAGUGAAGUAAGUCAGAAACAGAAAGUCAAAUACCAUAUGAUAUCACUUAUGUGUGGAAUCUAAAAUAUGGCACAAAUGAACCUAUCUACAAAACAGAAACAGGCUCAUAGACAUAGAGAACAGACUUGUGUUUGCCAGGGGGAGGGGGGAGGAAGAGGGAUGGACUGGGAGUUUGGGAUUAGUAGAUGCAAAGUAUUAUCUAUAGGAUGGAUAAACAACAAGGUCCUGCUGUAGAGCACAGGGAACUACAUUCAGUAUCCUGUGAUAAACCAUAAUGGAAAAUAAUAUAAAAAAAGAAUGCAAAAAAAAAAGAGAAAGUUUAAAGAAUCAGCUAAAAAGCUAUAAAAAUGUUUUGAAUGUUUAUAUUUCAUUACCUAUCAUUCUGUGUUUUAGGAAAAAUGGGAAACAGCAGGUGUCCUGAUGUGCCUUUACAUGUUAACGCACAAAUUCCUGUUAGUUGGUUUUUACAGUGCUAUUGAGUCCUGUUGACUUUCUGCUCGUGUGGUUUUGACCCCACCAUUAUAGAAUGGAGUUGUAUUUGAGCAUGGAAAAUGUUCGGUAGACUUUGUUUCUAUAUUUGAUCAUGCCUCUGUGAAACCAUGUAAAAGUAAUUGAAACGGACAGAUACACCAAAUAUGCAUUCCAAGUAUUAUAAAGAAGAGAAUGGGAUUUGAAAGAGAAUGGAAUUUUGAGAGUAGGAAUAGGAGGAAAGAAUCGUGAACCUACGUUUUUAGAGGCAAGUAAUUUUUGAACUAUUUUGGUAUAACUAAACAAGAUUUCUCACUGAUGUAAUGUGUGAAUGAAUGAACUCACUUUUAAUUUUGUGGUUACUUUCAUAUUAAUAAAUACGAUUCUCAGUUGUACUUUUUUCUCUGGUAUUUGAGUC